UCUUCAACCGCGGUGUCGUCUGUCAGGGGGAAAUUAAAAUCGUCUGCCGAAAAUAAGGAAUUGGACUUCUUGUUUCAGAAUUAAACUAGAAAAGAAUAUAAAAAACACUUGUUAUCAUUUGAAGGGUAUCACGCCAUGUCAAUCACCGAAAGAGUAUUAGGGACUCUUGGUUUAGCGGAAAGAGGUGGAUCCAAUGGCAAGGAACCAGAAGACUGUUUAGGGUGUCGCCUUGUCGGAGGAGGAGGCUGUCUGGGGGCCUCUGUAUAUGUUGUAUACCAUGGUUCCAAAAACAGUCAUCCAGUUGGACGGAUUUUCACAUUUCUAUUUGCAGGAGCCCUUGGAGGAAUAGGCGUCUCAAGACUGUUUGGACUUCCACCAUUUAAAAAGAAACAGCAGACUGACAUUACAGCUCAGUGAAUAGGAAUUGUGCUGUAAUUGUUCUCUCCAUUAAAUACAAUUUGUAAAUGUAAAUACUGCUCUGAAUCUGGUCUUAAUCUUAUGUGAUGUUUGUAGGAAUAUUUGAAACCAAUUAAAAGAACACUUUUUUU